CUGAUAAUUCACCUGUACUACCAUAUCAAACAAUGGCAGCAUCACAAAAAAUUUUCUCAGUAAAAUUAACAGAGAAUGAUGUCCCAGGUGCAAAGUUUCAUUGCAGUGAUAUUUCAGAACAUUCUGUUUGUGAACUUAAACCUUGGUUAGAGUGUAGAGGUUUAAAUAUCUCUGGAAAAAAGACAGAUUUGAUUGAAAGAUGCAAAGCUUGCAUUGAAGCUGGCGGUGAUGACGAUAUUAUUAUAUCUAUUGAUGGCGGUAGAUGGUACGAGCAGAAAGUUACUGAAGCCCUAGCCAAGGUGCGUGGGGAAGCGGACAGCUCAGUCAACAUUCCAAUCUUUCCAACAACAGGAUGGAAGAAUUUUCCAGCCGGUGACCUACCAAAAGGGUUUUGUUAUGGUACUAUAUAUGAGCACAUAAUAACAACUGCAAAUACAACAAGAAUCAAUCAGUCAGAUAGCGGUAGUGACAGUGAGGAUGGAAUUAAAGAUUUCAACACCUCAAAACCAAUGUUAAAAGGCAGACAGUAUUUUAUAAGCGGACAUGUGAAGAAUGUUAAACACCAGAUAAAAGAUGAUUUCCAAUUUGUUAAAUGCAAUGUAAUGGCUUCUUACACUGUAAAAACAAACUAUAAUGUCUGUAUUACGUUGAAGUCAACUUCGGGAAAGGUUAUGGAUGCGGCAUGUGAUUGCAAAGCAUCAUCAGUGGGCAGAUGUAAUCACAUUGCUGCAUUACUUUUUUCGUUGGAAGAUUACAUAAUGAAAUUUGGAAAUCAAGUAGCUCCAACUAGCAAACUUUGCACAUGGAAUACUGGUCGAAAAAACAAGCGUGACCCACAGUCAUGUCAAAGUGCAGAUUACAAUAAAAAAUUAAAACCUGACCGGAUUAUAAAGUUUGAUCCUAGAUCAGAGAGUGUUGAUGAAAAAACAUUUGUGGACAAUUUCAUAGCAAGUCUACCAAACAGCAGCUCUGUAAGCAUGAUGCAGCAGGUACUUGAGAUAAAGUACAGUGACUAUGAUGUAGACAAAUUAAUACUAAAACAAAUGACAGACUCUGCUAUCAAAUUAUUUAAAUCUACCUGUACUGAAACAGGACCCUAUGAAGUUCCCAACACCCGUGAACAGACAAAUUCUGAGCAGUGGCAUGCAAGCAGAUGCCUAAGGAUUACAGCAUCGAUUGCUAAGGAGGUCAUUUCAACAAGGACACAAAGGGGUAGAUAUCACCUACUAAAGAGACUUUUAUGGGGAAAGACCUUGCCCGAUAUAAAAGCGUUGCGUUAUGGGAAAAAUCACGAAAACGAGGCGUUUGGUGCAUACUGUAAAAAAGUGAACAAUUCGUACAAAAUUGAAAAAUCAGGACUCUGGAUCAAUCCACAAUAUAUCGAAUUAGGCUGCAGUCCUGAUGGACUAAUAUACAGUAUGGACGGGAACCUUGUCGGUGUAGUGGAAAUUAAAUGCCCUCUGGUACUAGAGAAAUGUCACCCAGCAAAUACAGACUCUUUAAAACGAAAUCAAAAAUAUAAUCUGUGUUAUAGUGUGCACGACGGUGAAAUAAUUGUAAAGCGUACUCACGCAUAUUACCACCAAAUGCAAAUGCAGAUGGCAAUAUGUGACGUGGACAUUUGCGACUUUGUAAUUUGGUCACCAAAGGGAAUUAAGAUCCAGCGCGUUAAGAGAGACAAAGCAUUUUGGGACGAACUGUACCCAAAACUUAUAGAAUUUCACCAUCGCACGCUCAUGCCAGAGUAUCUGGAAAUGAGAAUUCCAAGACGACUUAUGCCUGUGGAACUUUAAAACUGGUUUUGAUUCAUAACUUAACAUAACAAAGAACAUUACAGUACAUGUACUAGUAUUUAUUUUUGUAACAAAAUUCAUACACUGAAUACUAUUAUAUAUUUAAAAGUGGC